AUGGUCAGCAUCGUGUCUUUGGUGGGCGACCUUGCCCGCCAUGUCGACCUCGGCAAGAAGAGCCUCGUGGUCUCGGCCUGCUCCAUUGCCUUCAACCCCUUGUUCUGGAAUAUCGUCGCGCGCCAAGAGUACCACAACAAGAUACUGACGAAGCUGUUUGGCGGCCGCUCGCGUACCGCAUGCUACGCUCUCGCCGCCACCAUCUUCUCCCUCGGCCUCGUCCGCGACUUCAUCUACAAGACGGCCAUCCAGGAACAGCCGUCGCACCCCCUGCUGCUGACGCCCUACUCCCAGGCCGCCGCCUACACGCUGCUGCUGUGCGGAAACGUCCUGGUCAUCUCGUCGACGUGGGCGCUGGGCAUCACCGGCACCUUCCUGGGUGACUACUUUGGCAUCCUCAUGGACGACAUGGUGACGGGAUUUCCCUUCAACGUCUGCGGCGCGCCCAUGUACUGGGGCUCCACCAUGAGCUUCCUCGGCUCGGCCCUGCUGUUUGGCAAGCCCGCCGGCCUUUUCCUGACGGGCUGGGUGUGCCUGGUCUAUGUCCUGGCGCUACGCUACGAGGAUCCCUUUACAGCCGAGAUUUACGCCAAGCGGGAACGCGAGAGGGCUGCCGGCAAGAAGCAGAAGUGA